CCUCGUUCCCAUUUGCUUGUCAUAAUAAAAAUUUUGAAAAAAAAAAUUAAAAUUCAUUUUUAAUUUGUCAAAAACAAACCUUUGAAGUUUAUUAUAGGUUUAUAAAUCAUGUACGGUAUUCUGUUGGCAUCAAUAUCCCACUAUAUUAUAGGGUCACUAGGAAAGGAGGCUUGGAACGAUAUUAAGAAAAAGGUUGGGAUUAAUUACAACGAAUUCAUUCACAAAAAGGUUUACAGUGAAACUCUUGUAAAUAGGAUUAUUAAUGCAACCGAAGAAUUAUAUGGCAUUCCGAGAAAAACUUUAAUGAUUGAAACUGGGAAAUUUUUUAUGGAAAGUUUGGAAGGCCAAGGUUUUUCCAAGAUGCUAAGAGUUUUAGGUAGGAAUUUUAGCGAUUUUCUAAAUGGACUAGACAAUCUCCAUGAAUACGUAAGAUUCAGUUUUCCCAGACUCAAAGCACCCUCAUUUACUUGCGAACGAGAGCAUGAAUCGGGUAUUUCGAUAAGAUAUCGGUCCAAGAGAAAAGGCUAUCACGAAUAUGUUAUGGGAAUAUUAAUAAAGGCCGCAAAAUUAUACUAUAAUUUGGAUAUUGAAAUAGCAAUCCACAAGGAUUCAAGUUCCAAGGAUAUCACUGAUGUAUCUUAUGACCUAAAAUUUCCAAACAAAAAGUUCAAGAUCGAUACUAUAAAUAACCCAAAAGUCAAUCUAUUUCCUUUAUCUCCUGCUAGAUUUUUAAGUCUGUUUCCUUUUCAUUUAGUUUUUGACAAAAAUUUAAUUAUAUUGAGCGCGGGAAAUGCAUUAAAAAACCUAAUGCAAGAUAUAGUCGGACAAAGUUUAGAUGAAACCUUUUCUGUUAUCAAGCCAUUGAUUGAAAUAGAUUUUAAUGAAAUAAUAGAGCAUUCCAACAAUGUUUUCGAAAUUCAAUCAUUGUAUGAAACUAACAGAAUUUAUCAUGACGACAACUUGUCGAUUGGCACGCAAGCGGAAUCUCUCGAUGAGUAUUCAUCUGCUGGGAGCAAUAAUUUGGAAGCUACUACAAAGAUCAUUAUCAAAGGGCAAAUGAUUAAACUAGACCGAUAUUUGCUAUUUAUAGGAGUUCCUAUUAUAUCCAAUAUUGAAACUUUAUCCAAUAUAGGACUGUUUUUGAAUGAUUUGAGUAUGCAUGAUAGUAGUCGCGAAUUACUUGUAGCUGGGGCUCAACAAAAUGCCGAGUUAAAAUUAGCUUUAGACAGGGAAAUGAGAAGAGGACAUGAGUUGGAGAUGAGUAUGUCUAAAUUAGAUUUAGAGAAAAAGCGAAAAGAAGAAUUAUUGUAUCAACUUAUUCCAAAAGAAAUUUGUUACAAAUUGAACAACUCGGACCCAAAUAACAUCUGUGAGGUUUGUGAUUCAGUGACUUUGUUGUUCACUGAUAUAGUUGGAUUUACUAGUACUUGCAGUAGAAUGUCUCCCAUGGAAGUAGUUGGCAUGUUAAAUUUAUUAUACACAUCAUUCGAUGAGUGCAUCGAUAAAUACCAAGUCUACAAAGUGGAAACCAUAGGUGAUGCUUAUUUGAUAUGUGGAGGACUUCCUGUUAAAACCGACUCUCAUGCAUCUGAUAUAGUGGAAACGGCGUUGUUAAUGAUGAAAGUUAUUAAAAAUUUUAAUAAUCCUUUUAACAAUGUGCCCUUGCAAAUGAGAGCUGGCAUACAUUCCGGAUCUGCGGUAGCUGGUAUUGUUGAUAGAAAAAUGCCGAGAUAUUGCCUUUUUGGGGAAAUCACUAACAUUACUAAAAAAUUGGAAACCUUGAGUAGGCCGAUGCACAUACACGCCAGCAACAAAACAUUUGAAAUGUUGGGAACAAAUCAUCCGUUCAUAAUUGAAAAGGUUGUUAGCGCGGAAAUCGAAGAGAAAUUAGGCUUUCCUACUUAUUGGAUACUUGGAAAAUAUGCAGAUAAGAAAUGAGAAAUGAGUUAUAUAAAUAUAAUUGUACAAUUUACGUUAUUUCCUUACAUAUUUAUAUUGUCAGUGUUUAACUUUUAUGUAUU